AACAACAACAGAGCAUCGUGCCAUAUCCGAGCCGAGAAGCAGUGACUGGUGCCGUUUGCGGCAGCCUAACAAUUGGGCUUCUACGACAUAAAUAGACAUCGUCGUAUUAAAUUUGUGCUUGGCAUUCUGUUAAAUAAGAGAAUCCGAUUUUCAGAGUUAUUUAAUGACACCUUUUAAAAUAUCAUGCCGUUUGUUACGUUACAACAUCGUAGUGUGUGCGUGUUUGGAGCUUCGUGCAAUGCGCUGUGCCGAGGACUGCACUUUCGCUUUUGCCGCUUUGUACCCUACUGUGCCCAGGCUAACCAUAUCCGACGCAUCGCUGUUGCAACCUGCUCGAUCGCUUGGACCCGUCUCCUUGUUUUUACGGAGUGCUGCACCUUUCCUUAUCUGUUUUAGGCUGCUUUAAAAUAAUGCCAGCUACCCUGCUCGAUUACAGAGGUUAACUUCUGUGGAAGAGGCUUGCAACUUGUGAGGAUGAGUUUGGAAGUUGAAAAAAAGUUUGUGUUCAAUGCAGACACUGAAGAAAACCUCAGAAAAUUAGGAGCCGCUUUUCUUGGGGAGCAAUUGUUCAAGGACCGUUAUUUUGACACAGAAGACUUUUCUCUCACCCUCAAGGAUGUAUGGCUUCGCCGUAGGGGGGAUAACUUUGAAUUAAAGUGUCCAGUGGGAAGGGACAAGCAAAACAAAACGGACACAUGCACUCGCUAUAGGGAAUUGACCGCGCUUCCGCUAAUUCAGGCUCAUAUUCAGCAGCUGCUUGAGCCAAAUGGUAUUAAAAAGGAAGGCACUGGUCACAUGCAUGCUGUGGACAGGACGUUGGAGAAGAACAAUUGUGGUCUGACUAAGGGACAGGCAGAAGAAGGAACUAGCGGCUCUUGGCUUAAUGAGUUUGGCCUGGUGGAAUUUGCAGUCUUCUCUACUGUACGUCGCACUUUCACUCUACCUGACACUGAGAGCAUCCAUAUAGACUUGGAUUAUGCAGACUUCGGGUUCCUAGUAGGUGAACUGGAAGUGCUGGUGAAAACAGAGGAGCAGAUUCCAGAGGCAUUGACCACAAUUAAGGAACUGGCUGAGAAACUGGGUGUGAGCAACUCUGAAAGGGUUCCUGGGAAAAUGGACGCUUACCUGCAGCGGUUCUGUCCAGACCAUUACCAGAGACUUCUUGAAGCACAUGUUCUCCACAGAUAAAGAAGUGACGGUCUGCUGUUCACCAUCCCAUACCCUUCAUAAACCUGUGAUGAUUUUUUUUUCUUACAAAGAUUAAAUUCUUAAGCAUUGGAAAAUUUGACCGAUUAUUAUUUUGAAAGAAUGCAUGUAAACAGUUAAUAAAAUCAUCCAUAACAAGAGUAUGUGCAUGAAUUCUGUGCAUUUGUCAAACACUUAAUAUUAGGGAGGAAAAAAAUACACAUUUGAGGCAGAAGAAAACUCUAGAACAGUUGUCCUCAAAUUGCAUUUUUUUGCCAGCAAAUCAUAUGCAGAAAUCUACAUCUGCUUUUAUUUGGACUCUAGUCAUACUUAAUUAUUCAUUCAUUUUUCAAAGCUGACUGAUUCGAGUACAGGAUCACUGAGUGUCAGCAACAGGCGCAAGGCAAACCCCAUCCAGUGACCCCUGACCCUCUGAACAGCUCACGUCCACUGAUGUUUAAGCACAUCUUCAUAAGAUCAUCCGGGCUGCUUGAGCCGUUUAUCCCGCUGCUUUCCUCUGCACAUCCCCAGGCUGCUUCAUCCUCCGUGUUUUAGUUAUGAUGCCCAUUAAUCAUUUAUUCCUAAAGCUAAACAGGACUACUGAGCUUUGUGUGGUGUUUGAAGUUCUGUCUUCUGUUGUCUGUUAACUUUGUACGUUUUUGGGAAAACCCUACAUUUAUUAAAUGUAUGUGUACUGAUUUACAUUUUAAUGUGCCACCUAAACAAUGAUAAUGAUCACCUUACUGAUGGUUUGGAUGGGGUCUGUUCGUCUUUUGAGAACUGUGCUCACGACACUGACGUCAGCUCUUCACAAUACAGCAAUACAGCAUUUGAUCAUUAAAUGAAUAAACAGUAAACCUUGAA